GUGUAUUGUGCGAUUGAUGGUCGGUCGGUUUGUGUGUCUGGUCAGAGCUCCCGGGAAGCCGAUCAGCUGCACUUCUCUGUGUGCGUUAGUGCAGCUGGAAGUUUUACAGUGCGGUCGCCGAGGUCUGUGGAUAUUACUGAAGAUCGUUGUUAUUAACAUGUCUACUAACAAAGUAAAAAAAGUGAAAAUGGCCACCAAAUCAUGCCCGGAGUGUGACCAACAGAUUCCUGUGGCUUGUAAAUCCUGUCCUUGUGGCUACGUCUUCAUCAGUCGAAAGCUUCUCAAUGCCAAAUUAAACGAGAGGUCUGGAGUAAUGGACAAAUUAGAAGACAAGAGAAGACGGACGGAAAGGAUUCGAAAAGAGAAGAUCAACUUAACAUCCACCAGUGAUAUGGAAAAUAGGAGAAGAUCCCGAACUAACAGUCAUUCAGAUCCAAUCCGCAGAGGGCGAGGAAGACCCAAAACUGUUGGGUUAAAGAAACAAGAAGAAGAAAAAGAAAAACAGGAAAGGGAGGUUGACAUUUAUGCCAACCUUUCAGAUGAGAAGGCUUUUGUGUUUUCGGUGGCCUUGGCUGAGAUUAACCGCAAAAUUCUGGGCCAAAGACUCAUCCUGUAGCAGACGUUGGAAACAUUUGCUGCUGAAUCUCAGGACUCUUAUUUCCGUGGGUGUCCCAUAUGUCUGUGUAAAAGCCAGUGGGGAAACUCUGACCCGAAAAGCUUAAACCCCACUGCCUGUGUGGCCGAAGCUCAGUGGCGCCGCUGCUUCGGAUUGGUGGGAUUUCAGACACUUGGUCUGAGUAUGAGGGGAAAAAGACUUGACAUGAGAGAGAACUGUAGUAAUCAUUAGUGGUGUAGGAUUCUCUCAAUUUUAAUGACAGUUUUAUAGAAUGUAUUAAAUGUUCCUUCCGGUCAUUUCUUAAAAUAUCAAGCUGUUCAUUGGAGGUUCACUAAAAGAGCAAAUUAGGACUGGUGACAUUAUUCAGCUGAUCUAUUCCAACGUUUGUUUAUUUAGUUGUCGGUGAGCCAUAUUAUUUAGCAAGUAACCAAGUGUAUGCUGAACCCAAGAAAACGCAGGAUUAAUGGUUAUUUAUUAUGCCUCGACCACUUUAAGUGUGUAUUUUCCCCUUUUGUUAUUGUUUGACAAAUGGUAACAACAUAAAUGUGUAAUAUUUACCCUGUAAAUAAAUAUAUUAAAAACUAAUUGCAUUUGAA